GCAGAGUGUUCCUGACAAUCAUCAUGUAGAACGGAGAAUCCAAGCCACUAGAGACUUGAGGUGGACGAGAGUCCCGCCGACAAUAUGGACAAUCUUCGUAACAUACGUGAACUCAAUUGUGUUCAUCGUUGGGACUGCCGUCUUGAUAUUUGGCCUCGGAGUUAACUCGAGCCUGAAGACCUGCUCGUCAGCUAUCCUUUUAUGUUUAGUUUGCUACAUGUUAAGUAAAUUCAUAUAUUACUGCCUUGUCGAGAAAAUAUAUAUCACCAGAAAAUUGAAUGAAUCUCGGGUUCAAUCGAAGCUCUACUGCUUUAAUCUCUUCGUCAUACUCGUCCCCUACUGUGUCGCGAUUGCCCUCAAUGUGAUUCACCGGAUUUCAUACUUCACUCCAAAUGGAAUGUGUAUCAUCGGCGUGAAAUCACAGCCACUGAUCGUCUUUAUUGUACUCGACGCAGCUCUGAAUCUGUACCUUACCCUGCUCUUCGCCAUUCCACUGCGAGCAAUAUGCAGGCACAGCCAAGCCCGCAAUCCGCUCCUCCGAACAAUAUGCCUACGCUCCCUUCUCAAUUGCGUUCUCACACUAGUCGCUUCAUUGACAAACCUCACUAUUCUCCUUGCCCUGCAUGGAGAACCCGCCUGGAUCUUUCUCCUCUGUUGUAACAUCGACGUCGUAUUUUCAACGCUAAUCCGAGGCUGGGUAACUCUGAAUGGCCCACCAAGUACAAAGACCUCGCAUCCUCCGGAGGACGCCGUGGUGAAUGAAUCGAAUGUGGCAACGCCAUCAUUUUCCUCAUCCCAAACAACGCAGAAUAUACAUACUGAGACGAUUCGCCGUGAUCUCGCCAUCGAUCAGAAUGGCAAAAUCACAGAAACCAAGGCGCAGAGAGCAAAUUCUGCUGUGGAAGAGAAGCAUAUCAAAUGUGAGCUCAGCUUAGCUCGACUUGAGUUUUUCCGCACCGUACCAACUCCUCCAAAUUCACCGAGUUUGGAUGAGAUUUGUUUCCCAUCAGCAGCCUUGAGUGGUGAUGAAGUCGAAGACGACGAUGAGGAACAGAAGGACAGUGAGACUAAGAGCCUUGGCCGAGCAAUAAUCACAACGCACAUCUCAGCCCAGAAGAUGCACGACUCCGAACAUCACCCAGGAGACUUUUUCUACAACGUGGAUGCUGAAGGGAUGGUGAAAUUAGGCGGGAUUCGGGUGAUGAUUGAGCAAGUGUUUGAGGUUGAAUACGAGUCAUAUAAUAGGUCUUGACGUUUGGACUUGUAUUGGUGAGUGUAAUGGGCGGCAGUAUUUGCAUAGAAAAGCAGCGUGAGCUUUCAGGCUCGGCAUGGAUGGCGUAGGAGCUGGCAUUGGGAUGGUCUUUUGAGUUUUUGGAUGGGUAGAUAAAUCGGGCAUUUUUCUAUCCUGGGAAAAACAGCACAGAAUGCGAGGUACAGUUGGCGUUUAUCGUCAGAUAUUAAUCUACCGGUAUUUGUGUUGCAUUUGCAUACAUCCAUUGAUAUCCAGGCUUCCCCUAUCUCGGUUAGCC